UCGUAUAGUGUCAAUGUGUUCCUCUUAGGAAAAAUAAGGAUGGCAUCUAGUGCACUUGAAGAGAAAAUUAAUAAAAUUCGACAACAAAAUGAAGAAAUUAGAAGGAGAUAUGAGGAAGUCGAAGAAGAUAAAAAAAAUGCAGCAAAAUUAAAUGCUUUGGUACAAAUGGUACCAUCAACAGAUUGGCCAGAGAGGAAAGAACCACCGGAAUUUUUAAAUUCUCCUAAAAUCAAAUUAAAAUCAACCAAAGAAAAACAUGAAUAUACAUUGCAGUCUCAUAUUGGAGAAGGAAAAAAAAUUCAUUCUUUCUCUCAAGGAGAAGGACCACCACCAGAUCCUAAAUACAACUUUUUAGCAGAUUCUGAAAGGGAAGAACCAACUGUGGAAUAUACAAAAGAAAACAGUGGAAGUAGGUCUCAUCAUAAAGCAACAAGAGGUAGUUUCAGGAAAAAAAUGAAUGGGAGAGAGAGUAACCAGAAAGAUAAUAAAUCAAAUAAAGGAAAUUAUAGAGAUGAAUCUCAACCAGGAUAUGAUGCUUGGAGAGCAGAAAGGAAUCGUAUUGAUGAAGAUCGUAUCAAUAGACAAAGAACUGCAGAGGGCAAUUGGCGUAGAGAAUGGGAUAAUGAUAAAGUGCAUAUUAUAGAUGAUGGCGCAAAGAAAUUAUCAAGGCCUAUAUUAGGAGAUUUUACGAAAAAGGAUUAUAAAGAUUCUGAUAGAAGAUAUCAUGCUAAUAAUAAUGAACAUGUCAAUUACACUCGCAGUGGAAAUCACCGUCCUCAUCGUGGUUCAACAAAGAAUUUUUAUAGUAACUACGAAAAUCGGUCUCAUAAUACUUAUGACCAACAUAGAAAUAAUAUAGCGGCAUUAGCAAAAAGUCCUGUUUCUCCAACUUCUGAAGAAAGAACUGUCGUUGCAACCGAGAAGAGUAUUAAAGUCAUAGUAAAUCAAAGCAAUGUUACUAAAGGGCAACUAAUGAGUGUUAAAGUGAACUCACCAAGUAUAGCUGGAACUGGAAGAGUUGGACCGCGGCAAAGAACUCGUGUAACGUAUAGUCAAUCAGAUGUCGAUGCAUCUCCUACUGAAGGUGAACCUUUCUUUCGUCAAAAAUCAUUUGAAGAUAAGUCAAAGGGAACUUUCUCAAAUAAUCAAAAGUUUCCUAAUUUAAAGAGGUCUCAUUCACAAAAAAAGAAAGAGAACGAGAUAAAAUAUCAGUAUCAUCAAAGAAAAGAUGUCAAAAAGGAAGAUAACGAUGGAAAUUCAUGCAAGUACUAUGAAAAUGAAUUUAAAUCUUUUACGCAAAAGGAUCAGCAAAAAUCUUAUUCUAUUAAAUCACCAAAGCCUUCAAAAGGAAAUAUGAAGCUAAAACAUGAUUCUUCAAGCGUGGAUGUUUCACAGAAAUGUGAAAUUCAAGAAUGUUCAAUUUCUAAUGAAGUAAAAUUUGGACAGAAUAAUAUCGAACAUACUGUUGAUCAGAAUAUCGAACAUACUGUUGAUCAAAAUAUUGAAUAUAAUAUUGAACAAGAUAUUGAACAUAAUGUUGAACAGAAUAUCGAAUAUACUGUUGAAGAGAAUAUUGAACAUGAUAUUAUAACAAAGAAUAGUAGCACAUUACAGGAAAUUAAAUCUGAAGCAAUUGAAAUACCUAAUACAGAAAAUGUACAAUCAAAUAUUGAGAAUGAAGUUACAAAUGAAAUAUUGCUAGUGAAAGAAGUUGAAAUGAAAGAAAUUUCUUUGACUUCCAUAUCAAGUACAGAUAAUUCUGAACACAUUGCCAAAGAUAUAACGAAUAAAAAUAGUUUUGAAAAUAAGAAUGAGUGUCCAGAUCUUCUUGCAAAUAAGGUAACAGAAAAUUUGCAAGAAAAUUGUAAUAUGUCUUCCGAGGUAUCAGUUCCAAAUGAUAUUCAGUUUAAUGAGGAACUCAUGUCAAAUAAAAGUGAAGUAUUGGACAAUGUUGAAAUAGAUCAAACUUUUUUGCAUAAAGAUGAUCAACAAUCAUUGAAACAAGUUACAAAACAGUUUGUAGAUGACGACUGUGAUAAUAUCGAAGAUGAAGUUAUGGUGCAGCAAAAUAUAAAAGAGAUAACAGAUAAUUCUGUGUUUUCGUUGGAAGAGAAAACAUAUUCUGUGAUAGAAAUUAAUAAUCAAUCGGUAUGCAAUAAUAAGUUAACAGAGAAAAAUAACGAAUCAUCUGAUAAAAAUUUAAAGAAUACUUUAAAUUCCUGCGAAAUAAAAUCUAAAAAUACUCUUAGUCCUAUAAAUGUGGGUGAAAGUUCAGUAAAAGAAAUUAAAGAAAAAAUUGAGGAAACAGACACAAAGGAGGAAUUAAUAAAUAAGAAAAAUGAUAAAACAUUGCAAUAA